GAGAUACUCGAAGGCAGUGUGAAAGAGUUUUAUUUUACAGAUUCUUAGUCCAAAGAUUUCAAAUUUGAGAGAAGCAGCAGCAGAAAAGGAGAAAAGUCAAGUAGGUGUGAUGAAGAAGCUUCCAUCCUGGCAUUCUACCGACAAGAACCAGCGUCGAGAGUGAAGGUGCCUCUUCCGCCGGGAUCUGUCCGUUCAGCCACUAUAAUAAAUGCAGCCAAAGGGGCAGUCACUUCUCAUCAGUCGCAAAGGUCUCGUUUUUGAACCUCACUCUCACAAAAGCCAUUUCUCAUCAUGCCAAACCAACAAAAGAAAGUCAUUUUUUGCAUUGCUGGGGUGUUAAGCUUUGUGUGCGCCCUCGGAUUGGUGACAGCCCUGGGAACACCGUUGUGGAUCAAAGCCACCUUCCUCUGCAAAACGGGGGCUCUGCUCGUCAACGCCUCUGGGCAGGAACUGGACAAGUUCAUGGGCGAAAUGCAGUACGGGCUUUUCCACGGAGAGGGCGUGAGGCAGUGCGGGCUGGGAGCGAGGCCCUUUCGGUUCUCACUUUUCCCAGAUUUGCUCCAAGUGAUCCCUGUGAGCAUCCACGUCAACGUCAUCCUCUUCUCCACAAUCCUGGUCAUUCUAACCAUGGUGGGAACAGCCUUCUUCAUGUACAAUGCUUUUGGCAAGCCCUUUGAAACCCUGCAUGGUCCACUAGGGUUGUAUCUUCUGAGCUUCAUUUCAGGCUCCUGUGGCUGUCUUGUCAUGAUACUGUUUGCCUCUGAAGUGAAAAUCCACCACCUCUCAGAAAAAAUUGCAAAUUAUAAAGAAGGGACUUAUGCCUACAAAACGCAAAGUGAAAAAUACACCACUUCGUUCUGGGUUGUUUUCAUUUGCUUUUUUGUUCACUUUUUGAAUGGGCUCCUAAUACGACUUGCUGGAUUUCAGUUUCCUUUUGCAAAAUCUAAAGACACGGAGACAACUAAUGUAGCUGCAGAUCUAAUGUACUGAAAGGCAAAUACUUCUGUAAUCUUCCAAGUAAGGGAGCAGACUUGCUUUGGUCACUUGGAAAUGGUUAAUUUUGUCUAUCCUUUUAGAUGAACAAAUUAAAGCACCCAAACCCUCCAUGGCAAUGUUUACAAAUGAUGUACUAAGGGUACAGGCUGGAAAGGAAGGAGAGCAGAAGGAAGGUUUUGGAAGGUUGUUUUACGUGGUGGGAACUGGGUU